UAUCGGGCAUGGUGUUUUGGUUCAAUUAAGUCACCGACUAUAUAUGCAAUACUAUACAUUUGCAGUGUGCAAAUGAGGAUCCUUGUACAAGAGCCUGAUAGGAAAAAAGAGUGUUUGGUGACAGGAACAACUUACUACCAUAUUAGGCUGCAGUAUUAGGCAGGGGUUUUAGAAUCCUCAUUUCAAUUUGAUAUCUUUAAAUUGUAGUUUUUUCAAUUUCAUGACCAAUGAAGUCAAUGGAAUUAUAUGAUCAUGAGAUGGAUCAGUUCUCUAGUGAUUUUAUGCAGGACAACAUGGAGAUUAUUAUGCAGAUGAAUGGAGAGUUUGAUAACACAUUCUGUGUAGAUCCUUAUCCCAAGACAGUUUCAAGCAUGGUAAGCAUGGCUAGACCAGUGAUGAUCAAAGAUGAUGAUGACCUGUCAAGGCUAUAUAGUAAGUUCAUUGUUCCAGAUCAUGAUCAUCCUGUAGUGUACAAUGAAUCUUCAAGUUUUGUUACUAUGAGAGAAGGCACAGACCACAGAUCUGGAGAAUGCAUUGCAGACAAUAGAGAAUACCAUAACAAUGGUUCUAGCAGCUAUCAAUUUCAUGAGGAUUUGAAGCAUAAAGAAUCUCAAAAUCAAAUGGGUAUACCUCUUACUCAGCAUCACUUCAGUAAUGUUGUCAACUCAACAUCCCAGAACUCUUGUAAUAAGGAGCUAGUCAAGGAAUCAAAGGAGCCAAAUUCUCAGUAUUUCAAAACUUCUAGCUCUGCUCAAGAUCAAGAAGUUGAUUUUCCUAAGGAUUUUGUACACUUGAGAGCAAGGAGGGGUCAAACAACUAAGAAGCAAAGCAUCUAUGAAAGGAAGAGGAGGGAGAAAAUUAGGGAACGUAUGAAAAGACUGCAAGACCUUGUUCCUGAUUGCAAACUGGUUUCAGGUGACAUAAAAAGGCUUGAUAUGAUCAUCUGCUACAUUCAGUCCUUACAGAGACAAGUGCAGAGUCUUUCAAUGAAGCUCCAGAUGGCUUCUAUGAUAACUGAUCUUCACUUUGAAAACCUUGGUCACCCUUUUAGAAAGGAGGGAAGCUGCCAAGAAGAUUAUAUGUGUUUACUCCCCUCAUAAUCCACAACAGGGAAAAAAAAUUCAUCAAUUUGCUGGCCAUUCACUGUCAAGAUGAACUCUAAUCUUGACAAUGACUAGACAAAUAUGUUUGUUGGUGUCUGGUAUUUCUAUUUAGAAAGAUUUUAUUAGUUUGCUAGUUUCUUCUCAGAUGCCUUGGCAUGUUUAAACAUUGAAAGACUAGCUACAUUAGUCUUGUUAUUUGUAAUUGGACUGAGAGAUGGUUUGCAGUUUCAUGUAACGGAUCAAUUUUGAAUGACAUUCUAAAUUAUUA